AAAAAAUCCAUUUUCCCGUCCUGCCUAACUUCCAAAAUACGCCUCCAGCCUUAUCCCCAGUUCCCCACAUAUAUAACCCUAGCCCCCAUUUCUCCAUCCCAAAGCGCGCCUUAAACCUGUUCGACGAAAUUCCCGUGAGAGAGUUCAAAAACCCAGGGGGAGACUAGAGAGUGGAGAAGAGAAAAAGAUGUAUGUCGUGAAGAGAGACGGGAGGCAGGAGGCCGUCCACUUCGACAAGAUCACCGCCAGGCUGAAGAAGCUCAGCUAUGGCCUCAGCAUCGACCACUGCGACCCUGUCCUGGUUGCGCAGAAGGUGUGCGCGGGUGUUUACAAGGGCGUCACCACCAGCCAGCUUGACGAGCUGGCCGCCGAGACUGCCGCCGCCAUGACUGCUAACCAUCCUGAUUACGCCUCCUUGGCUGCGAGGAUUGCGGUGUCGAAUUUGCAUAAGAACACGAUGAAGUCGUUCUCGGAGACUGUGAAAGUGAUGUACCAUCAUUUCAAUGAGAGAUCUGGGUUGAAGGCUCCUUUGAUUGCUGAUGAUAUUUACGAGAUCAUUAUGCAGAAUGCAGCUCGAUUGGACAGUGAGAUAAUCUAUGACAGGGACUUUGACUACGAUUACUUUGGAUUCAAGACUCUAGAGAGGUCAUACCUGUUGAAGGUCCAGGGGAAGGUUGUAGAAAGACCUCAACACAUGCUGAUGAGGGUUUCUGUAGGCAUUCACAAAGAUGAUAUUGAUGCAGCUCUUAAAACGUACCACUUAAUGUCACAACGAUGGUUUACUCAUGCUUCUCCAACACUAUUCAAUGCUGGAACUCCAAGGCCUCAAUUGAGCAGCUGUUUCUUAAUAUGCAUGAAAGAUGAUAGCAUUGAGGGAAUUUAUGAAACCUUGAAGGAGUGUGCUGUUAUCAGCAAAUCUGCUGGGGGCAUUGGUGUUUCUGUUCAUAAUAUCCGUGCUACUGGUAGCUAUAUUCGUGGGACGAAUGGGACAUCCAAUGGCAUUGUACCAAUGCUAAGAGUGUUCAAUGACACUGCACGAUAUGUUGAUCAAGGAGGGGGCAAGAGGAAAGGAGCUUUUGCUGUGUACCUGGAGCCAUGGCAUGCUGACAUAUUUGAUUUUCUGGAUCUCAGGAAAAAUCAUGGAAAGGAGGAGAACCGUGCAAGGGAUCUGUUCUAUGCACUUUGGGUGCCCGAUCUCUUUAUGCAAAGAGUCCAAUCAGAUGGGACAUGGUCUUUGUUUUGUCCAAGUGAAGCACCUGGUUUGGCUGACUGUUGGGGUGAAGAGUUUGAGCGGUUGUACACCAAGUAUGAAAGAGAUGGAAAGGCUAAGAAGGUUGUUCAAGCACAGAGUUUGUGGUUUGAAAUACUAAAAUCUCAGAUUGAAACGGGAACCCCUUACAUGCUCUUUAAGGAUACUUGCAACAGAAAGAGCAACCAGCAGAAUCUGGGGACAAUAAAAUCAUCCAAUUUGUGCACUGAGAUCAUAGAGUAUACAAGUCCAACUGAAACUGCUGUGUGCAAUUUGGCAUCAAUUGCACUUCCACGAUUCGUUAGAGAGAAGGGAGUACCAAUGGAAUCUCAUCCAUCUAAGAUUGUGGGAAGCAGAGGCUCCAUGAGCAGAUAUUUUGAUUUUGACAAAUUAGCUGAGGUUACCCAAGUUGUGACUUACAAUCUCAACAAAAUCAUUGAUGUGAACUACUACCCUGUUGAGACUGCAAGGAGGUCAAAUAUGAGGCAUAGGCCCAUUGGAAUUGGAGUUCAAGGCCUUGCAGAUACCUUUAUUUUGCUAGGCAUGUCAUUUGACUCCCCAGAGGCUCAACAGUUGAACAAGGAUAUAUUUGAGACAAUCUAUUACCAUUCCCUGAAAGCUUCAAGUGAGAUUGCUGCAGUAGAAGGUCCUUAUGAGACAUAUCCAGGAAGUCCUGUCAGUAAGGGAACUUUGCAGCCAGACAUGUGGGGCGUGACUCCCUCAGCUCUAUGGAACUGGGACAUUCUAAGGGACAUGAUAUCAAAGAAUGGAGUCAGGAAUUCACUUCUUGUAGCACCAAUGCCUACUGCCUCAACCAGCCAGAUUCUCGGAAACAAUGAGUGCUUCGAACCCUAUACUUCCAACAUCUACAGUCGCAGGGUUCUGAGUGGUGAAUUUGUCGUAGUCAACAAACAUCUUCUCCACGACCUGACCGAGAUGGGUCUCUGGAAUCCAGCCCUCAAGAACAAAAUAAUCUAUGAAAAUGGUUCCGUCCAGAAUCUGCCUGAAAUCCCUCAUGACCUCAAGCUUAUAUACAAGACUGUCUGGGAGAUCAAGCAGAGGACGCUUGUCGACAUGGCAGCUGAUCGCGGUUGCUACAUCGACCAGAGCCAAAGCCUUAACAUCCACAUGGACCAACCCAAUUUCGGGAAGCUCACUUCCUUGCACUUCCAUACAUGGACCAAGGGUCUCAAGACGGGAAUGUACUAUCUGAGAUCGCGUGCAGCAGCUGAUGCCAUCAAGUUCACCGUCGACACUACUGAUCUUAAGGACAAGAAGCUGAAAGUUGAGGAGGUUGAAGACGAUGGCACCAAGAUGGCGCAGAUGGUCUCGCUAGCUCUCCCGGCGGCGGCCGUCGCCGUAUCAACCCCAACGCCGGCCCAAGCUCUUCCAGAACAAACGUCUCUAAUCUCCGACAAGCCCGGCGGCGGCGGCGGCGGCGGCUUCAAGAAUAAACGUUCCUAUGGUGCCGGUGGUUUUAAAGCACCACAAGAUCCCUACAUCUUGUUUCCUGAAGUUAAAUUGCCUGAUCCGAAAAAUGUGAAGGAGGAGAAGAACUUGGUUAUUGUGAAUGCAAAGUUCCAAGCUUUCUGGAAAGCUUCUUGUUACUACCUAGAAGAAGCUACGGAUGCUGGUCCAAAGAAGAGUUGGAGCUUGGAAGUAGAGAGAUUCGCUGACAGGGGGAAGCCGAAGGUCACAUCGAAGCGUAGCUCGCUCGAUGAGUUUCUGCAGUUUGGAUCUGAUUAUUUCCCCAAGGAACUUGUUGGAGCUAUGGAUGCCCUUGAGACUCUCGAGGACAAAGAGGCGAAAAAGAAAGCCGUGGGUGGCCAGGAGAAAGAAGGUGAAGAAGAGGAAGAGGAAGAAGAAGUGGAAACAUUCGAGGAGGAAGAUUUCAGCGACGAUGACUAUAAUCAGAAUGAGUACUUCGACGACGAUGAAGAUGAUUUCAACGUCGAUGCUGGUGACGAUGCACGACCGCCUCUUUCAGUCGCGCCGCAAGUCAGCCGCCUGGCUUCUCUUCUCAUUCUUACUCUCGCCGUUACACAGCCGCCGUUAGCUGUCUGCCCGCGCCGCCUCAGUCCGUCACAAUCCUCUGGGGGAGCUGAAAGGAGGAGGAGUGAGAAGAGGGGAGCAAUGGAGCUUGCAUUCGUAAAUCCUUCCUCCGCUACAUUAUUCGCCGCUAACAAUGCUUUACCAAGCUUGUUUAAGCGUAGUUCCAUCAAGGUUCUCAGUGUCCGCUGCUCCUCUAGCUCAACCGCUGGAGCAGCUGCAGGUGGUGUUGUGGAAAGGCCUUGGAAGACUUCAGAUGCUAGGCUUGUGCUUGAAGAUGGUUCAGUGUGGAAGGCCAAGUCCUUUGGUGCCACUGGAACCCAAGUUGGGGAAGUCGUAUUCAACACCUCCUUGACAGGGUAUCAGGAAAUCCUAACAGACCCUAGUUAUGCCGGUCAAUUUGUGCUGAUGACGAACCCCCAUAUUGGCAACACUGGUGUAAACCUUGAUGACGAAGAAUCGAUGCAAUGUUUCCUUGCUGGCUUGGUAAUCAAGAGCUUAAGCAUAAGCACCUCAAACUGGAGAUGCACCAAAACUCUUGAGGAUUAUUUAACAGAGAGGAACAUCAUGGGAAUAUAUGAUGUGGACACUCGUGCAAUUACUCGGAGAUUGAGGCAGGAUGGAAGUCUUAUUGGCGUGCUCAGCACAGAAGAAGUGAAGAGUGAUGAAGAACUGCUUGAGAUGUCCCGCUCAUGGGAUAUCGUAGGUGUUGAUCUAAUAAGUGGUGUCUCGUGCACUGAGCCUUAUGAAUGGGUUGAUAGAACAAAGCCAGAUUGGGAUUUUAAUAAUGAAGGAAGAGGAGAGGUCUUCCAUGUGUUCCAUGAAUUCAAGGUUGUUGCUUAUGAUUUCGGGAUCAAGCAUAACAUACUGAGACGUUUGGCAUCAUAUGGCUGCAAAAUCACCGUAGUCCCUUCAAACUGGCCAGCUUCAGAAACUGUAAAGAUGAACCCAGAUGGAGUUCUUUUCAGCAAUGGCCCAGGAGACCCAUCUGCAGUUCCCUAUGCCGUUGAAACAGUCAAGAACAUAGUGGGUAAAGCUCCAGUUUUCGGAAUUUGCAUGGGUCACCAGUUGCUUGGACAGGCAUUAGGUGGCAAGACCUUCAAAAUGAAGUUUGGCCACCACGGAGGAAAUCAUCCGGUUAGGAAUAUUCGAGCUAACCGUGUCGAGAUUAGUGCUCAGAAUCAUAACUACGCUGUCGACCCAACAUCACUCCCAGAAGGCGUAGAAGUGACUCAUGUCAAUCUUAACGAUGGCAGUUGUGCUGGGCUUGCUUUCCCUGCAUUGAAAGUGAUGUCUCUUCAAUAUCAUCCCGAGGCGUCUCCAGGCCCUCAUGACUCAGAUUCUGACAUGAUUGCUCGCCGCAUUGAAAAGAAACCAGCUAUUCUGUACUACAAUCUACAACGAACAACGAAUCCGUACCACAGACGAUCUGUUGCGAUUCAAAUAUCAUUGUCGCCAUCAAGAACCAACGAAAGAAAGAAAUCAACCAUACUGCGUGCCUUGCCAACACGAUUCGAGUAA